ACGCUGAAGUUCAGGGGACCGUUCCAUGAAAGUUGUCAACACUGACAAGUUGUCUUUCACCGACAAUUACCAUAGUAACAGUCAGAAGCCAUAGCUUCUAACCAAUCAUAACCAAGGAUUUCAUUGAAAUUGUCAGUGCUGACAAUUUAGUCAGUGCUGACAUCUUUCAUGAAACACCCCCAGAUAUGACCAAUUUUCUUGCUUUCAUUUCACUUCCGCGUUCAGGAAAUUUGGGCUAGGACGAUUCAUCAGCAGUACACUUUAGCAUACAAUUGCACAAGCUAUGAAAGUGGGUGUGUAUCGGUGCAUUGCACCAUCUGACAAAGAAGUGACAUGCACUUGAUCAUUAAUUGCCUCGUAUCUUGAAAUAUCAGCAUAAAUCCUAUACCUGCUCUAUAGCAUACAGAGUAUUUCCUAUGAGGUUACUUGUAAAGAACGUGUGCAUAUUCCGGCGAGAAGGUUUGAGGUUGGUUCUCCAAAAUGGCUGCUGAACUAAAGAAGGUGGUAGAUCAAAACCUCGAGUGCCCCGUCUGCCUGAAUAUGUUCAACGAACCAAAGAUCUUGAGCUGCUCUCAUACCUUUUGCAAGGACUGCUUAGAUUCUUUGCUCGGUUACCUCCCGGAAGAACUAAAACUAUUAUGUCCGGUUUGUCGGAGGGAAACCGUGGUUCCAGAUGGAGAAGUGAGUAACUUACAAACAAACCUAACUGUAAGGGCGCUGGUCGAAGAUGUCCAAACCCAGGUACAGAUGUGUUCCAACUGCGAUCAGGAGGAUGCGGCUCCAGCUGCAGUAUAUUGCAAAGACUGCAGUGACUACCUUUGCGAAUCCUGCCACAAGAUGCACUCAAAGUGGGCCAAGUUCUCAAGUCAUGCAAUCGCAGCUGCCAAAGAUGUCAGUACUGGAAAAGUUACUUUGAAGAGGCGGGGGCAGUGUCAGAAACAUCCCGGUGAGGAGGAGGGAUGCUUUUGCCUUGAUUGUAAUGGGUAUGUCUGCUUCAGAUGUAGCGUCCUAGAUCACACGCAAGAAGGGCAUAAGGUCUUGGAAGCAGUAGCUUAUGAAAAGGAGCACAAGAAGAAAAUUGAAGAUAUGGAAGCAAAGGCAGCGUCAAAGAUCUGCGAUGUCAAGAAAUAUGUUGCAUCCGUUUCAGAACAGCGGCAAAGAUUGCAGAAUGUACAAGAAAAUAUCUGUCACGAUAUUGACGAAGCAUAUGAAGAAACUGCCAGAAAAUUGGCCGAGAGGAAAGAAAUACUGAAGGGUGUAGUUGAAAAACGAAUAAAGAAAUUCGACACCUCGUUGGAGGACAUGGAACGGCAAGGCGAUCAGCAUAUAGCCCAAAUAGAUGCAGUGUGUAGAUUGGUAAAGAAUGGUUUGAAGGUUCCUGUGCAAAAAGAAGCUCUUAGAACGCACAACACGCUCUUCAAGGAGAUGGAACAGCUGCUAACCCGAGUAGACCCUGACGAGCAGAAAGCAAAACGAACUACCGAUGAAGGAGAACAGCUUCGUUUUAUUCGGAGUCAGAGAGGACUAGAGAUAGGCAAAGUCCAAGGGGAUUCCAGUUGGAUCCUGCACAUGGAAAGUCAGCUCCCUUUGAAGAACAGCAUGCGUGGGAUGACAGUAUCACCUGCCAAUACUGUCGACAUCGGCUGCUGGACUGGAGGAAUUGUGACCUUCUCGACCGCUGGCAUCCUUCAAGAGAUAGUACUAAAAGAUGUCGAAGUGUGUGCCUUGCAGUUCACUCCUGAUGGUGGAUAUGUCAUACGUGACUUCAGCAAUAACAUUUCCCUCUACACACUGCAUUGUUGCAAGAAGCUCAGAGUUAAUUUCGUAACGCUGAGUGACGAAGAAGGCGGUCAAGGAGAUCUCACAGUAGACAAGGAUGGCAACAUCCUCUCAAGCUACAGGACGACCAAGGCUAUCCAGGUCUUCGAGCCAUCGGGUGGGAAGCCAGUCAGGGAGAUUCAGUGUCAAGGAUUUGAGCCACAGCAGAUAUUUGCAAUGAGUUCCAGGAACGCGAUUUUGGUGAAGAGUGAUGGGCACACUGUUCGAAUUCUUGAUGGUCAUUCUGGUGCAACCUUGGACAGUAUCACAAACGAAGGGGUGGAUGCAUAUCCUGCCGUUUGCAAGGAUGGCACGGUCAUCAUCGCCUGGGUGACUUACGAAGAGGGACGAGUAAGCAUUGUCCAAUACACGGGAGAACUGAAGGUCAUCCAGAAGAUCGUAACGAACUUCAAGAUCACAAAGCCAUCUCGUCCGUGGUACUACCUACAGGAGUUCAAGACUGGAGAGAUUGCCUUCUGCACUCCUGGAAAAUUAUAUAUCUUUCGUGAGACCAAGGACUAAUACAUAAGAUGUUAUAGCCUGUGCAAUUUGUCCCCUCAAAACGUCCUUGUGGUAAAUUCAACAUUAUGUCUACAUUGGAAAACAUGGUUUUUCAUCGUUAUCAAACCACCCCCUCCCCCCUCCAGACCCCUUCAAGCUUUCACGCCAUUUCAUCGACUUAUUAUUUUAAAAUAACUAGAGGCAACUGCUCUGAACAAAAAUAUCUUAUUUGAGAAGAUUUUUAGAAAAUAUCCGAGGCCAACUUGCCAACAGAUUGGUUAUUAUGAAUUCCUCCAAAGCCUGUAUUCCCCUCCAUUUGAGCGGAUUUUAAUGUACAGAUUUCUUGAAAAUUAUUCUGAUAUAUAAUAUAUAGACAUAUAUGAUUGGUUCAAUUUUAGGAGUGUUUCGUAGAACCACAGACUGAUUGUCCUCAGUAUGGAACGAUAGAGUUUACAGGAACUUUUUUUUAUUGAUUCCAGAAUUGUACGACAGCAAGUGAAGUGUUGAGGAGAAAAUCGACAAUGGGGAGGAGUCGCCUUUAUUAUAAGGUAUACGCGGAAAGAUUUUGAAAAUGGGGGCGGGAAUGAACAUGCAUAAAAUCACAAAUUAAUGGACAUUUCCAAUAAAUUUACUGAAAAAAGGGGGAAGGGCUUCAGCCAUCCGCCGCCCAGGAUGAAUCUCAUUUUUAUUAAAUAAAUUGAAUAUGUAUGUUUCAUUAAAUGACGAAUAUAAUUACAUUUGUAAUCUUGAAAAGUUCGAAUGACCUACCAUCUUUUAUUUAUCAAAAGACAUGAGUUAACUGCCUUCAAAGAUAACUGGGAAGGAAAAAAGCCAAAAGAAAGGGUGAUUUGUUCAUAAUGAUGAAUUAUUUUAAAACGUGAAUGAAUGAAUGAAUUAAUUAAUUAACUAAUU